AGCUUCAUCUUGGGUCAGAGAUGUGCGAUCAGACCUUUCUAGUUAAUGUGUUUGGCUCCUGUGACAAAUGUUUCAAGCAGAGGGCCCUGAGACCUGUUUUCAAGAAAUCUCAGCAACUCAACUACUGUUCAACAUGCGCAGAAAUUAUGGCCACGGACGGGCUGCACGAGAACGAGACGCUGGCGUCGCUGAAGAGCGAGGCCGAGAGCCUCAAGGGCAAGCUGGAGGAGGAGCGGGCCAAGCUGCACGACGUGGAGCUGCACCAGGUGGCAGAGCGGGUGGAGGCCCUGGGCCAGUUUGUCAUGAAGACCAGAAGGACCCUUAAAGGCCACGGGAACAAAGUCCUGUGCAUGGACUGGUGCAAGGACAAACGGAGAAUCGUGAGCUCCUCGCAGGAUGGUAAGGUGAUCGUGUGGGAUUCCUUCACCACUAACAAGGAGCACGCCGUCACCAUGCCCUGCACGUGGGUCAUGGCGUGUGCGUACGCCCCGUCAGGAUGCGCCAUCGCCUGCGGGGGUUUGGACAACAAGUGCUCCGUGUACCCGCUGACAUUUGACAAAAAUGAGAACAUGGCUGCCAAGAAAAAGUCGGUUGCGAUGCACACCAACUACCUAUCGGCCUGCAGCUUCACCAACUCAGACAUGCAGAUCCUCACGGCCAGCGGCGAUGGGACAUGCGCCCUGUGGGACGUGGAGAGCGGGCAGCUUCUGCAGAGUUUUCACGGGCACGCCGCCGAUGUCCUGUGCCUGGAUCUCGCCCCCUCCGAAACUGGAAACACCUUCGUGUCUGGGGGAUGCGACAAGAAAGCCAUGGUGUGGGACAUGCGCUCCGGCCAGUGUGUGCAGGCAUUUGAAACGCACGAGUCUGAUGUCAACAGCGUCCGGUACUACCCCAGCGGAGACGCCUUUGCUUCCGGGUCAGAUGAUGCCACGUGCCGUCUGUAUGACCUGCGGGCAGACAGGGAGGUGGCCAUCUAUUCCAAGGAGAGUAUCAUCUUCGGAGCGUCCAGCGUGGACUUCUCCCUCAGUGGCCGCCUGCUCUUCGCGGGCUACAAUGACUACACCAUCAACGUGUGGGACGUCCUCAAAGGCUCCCGGGUCUCCAUCCUGUUUGGCCACGAGAACCGAGUGAGCACUCUUCGAGUCUCGCCAGACGGGACGGCUUUCUGCUCGGGAUCCUGGGAUCAUACCCUGAGGGUGUGGGCGUAAUCACAGCGCACGGAGCGCACAGGCCGACAGACAUGCCGACUCGUCACCUGUAAAUAACUUCCACAGGGAUGUAGGCUUCCCUGUGAUUUUAGGGAGCAGCCCCAUACAUAGCUCAGCAUUCACUAGGGCUACCACCCCAAGUACCCUAAGGACUCUGUGUUAGCUGCCAGCAUUACAGGAAGUCUUCUGGGGCAGGAUUUUCACUUGAAACACUUUGUAAGGUUUGUUUUUUUUUUAAGGUUAUUCUGAAAUAUUAGUCUCAACUGGUUCUGUUACCAGCAGAACUCAGCAUUGAAAGGAUUCCAUCCAUCUGCUGCCACUGGUGGCUCACGCCUGUCAUCCUAGCUACUCAGGAGGCUGAGAUCUGAGGAUC